GAUCAGUUGCCCUCCCUAUUCUGAAACUGUGAGACCUGUCCGUACAGAAACCUAUUUCUGGCGAUGCACUUGGAAAAAACUUCCGGAAACUGAGAUCUUGUAACGGGUGCACUAUUUGCGUGACUAAACGCUGUUAAAGGCUUUUACGGGACAAAGCUUGUGAUCUACCCGUGGUAACUUAAUACUAAUGGGUUUUCCACGCUGAUUAGUUUUGAAACCGUGAAAUUUUAUUAUAAUAAAUUCGAACGUACUAUAGUGACAUACAAAGAUAAAUGAAUUGCGCAGUUACAAGUUAAUUUGGCAAGAGAAAUGGCGGAAUAUUAUGGACCUAUCUCAGUUGUUCUGGAUGGAGAUAUCAACCGUGCUUCAAGGAAAAUUGCAGAAAGCAGAGAGGAGGAUGAUGUCAGACCAACCCGACUGUUGGGAUCAGCCCUCAAUCAGUGGCAAAGACCGAUCACCGAUUUCGGCAUUAGUGAUCACGAGUGGGUAGUCAAGCUAAAGGCGUCACCCUAUAUAGGUGAAAUAGACUUUGGACGCAAGGAAUGGGCACGAUCUCGUGAUGCAGUUGAUGCUGUCAUGGAGUUGCUACAAAAAGAAAUGCGAGCCAAUGCUGAAGCUAAUUAUGAGCAUCUUAGAAUUGAUUCAUACAUCCGUCAAGGUAGUUCACGAGAUGGUUUGAAAGUCAUCAGACCAGAUGAAUUUGAUUCAGUUAUCGAGUUUCAUAUCGAGGGACUGCAGAUUUCAGAAAAACUCUCAGAAAAGCGCAUGUACAAGAAUGGAAAAUACGUUCCAGGCUUCUGCUACCUUCAAGUGGAACAAAGGCGCGAUAUACUACAAAAAAGGUAUCCGAAGCUAUGGCGGGAAGAUGUAUUUCAAGAAGACGGACAGGGAUACAUUUAUCUAAGUUCUAGAAAGUUGCAUCAAGGAGUAUUUAUGUCCCUGAUCGAUCAGUCCUGUCGUUCUAUUGAAGAGAAAAUUAAAGCAAUGAAACGCUCAAAGCACGUUUGUUUUGAUAUAACUCGCCGAAUGAACCCCCCUGCUAUCAACAUAACUAUCCAUCUUGACGAUGAUGCUAACGAUUUAUUUAUGAGGCAAGGUCAGAUUAGAAACCGCAAUGAAAUUGCCAGAGAAAUUGAUUUAGACAUUGUUCCCGCAAUACGUCUGAGAGUUGAUAAACAUACCAGAUACAAUGGCAACUCAGUAAACGCAGUAAUUCAUGCUGUCUGCAAAUGGAAAGAAGAGGAUGCAGCAAAGUCCCUGGAAAUUGCCGAUCAAAUGCUGGUUUGGCAUAUCAAUUCAGCCGGCUAUGAGAGAUACACUUUAGAUGUCGCAAGGACAAUUCAGAAAAAUAGAUACAUACUUACGGCACUCCGAAUAUUGAAGACCUACUUCACCAAAACAAAAGAAGUCGCAAAAAGUGAGAAUCGACCACCUCCACCAAUUGCCACGGUCUUGAAAUCCUACCAUCUAAAACAGAUAGCAUUCUAUCUGAUUCUUUAUGCUUGUCAUCUCUAUCCGAAUACACGAAUUGAUGGCGUCCAACGAGCUCUCGUUCUUUUCGUUAACAUUUUGCAUACAAGUCUGAAGAAGAGACACCUGCCACAUUUCUUUUACUCUAAUUCUCGGAUACGGAACAUGUUCCAAAAUUAUCCUACACAAGAUGGAGCUCUUCGAUUUGAUUUGUAUCGGAAAAUUCCAAAUGAAUCACUUCGCCAAGCUGAACUGUCUUAUCAGAAUCAUCUUAUCAGAGAUAUAGGCUUUUUGAUGACUGGCUCAGAUGAUGAAAUUUCAACAUUGACAUCGGAAUUUUCAAAACAAAUUGAGCAAGGCGACUACUUCUAGAGAGAAUUUAACUUGAUAACAGACUCUCCCCGACAACAGUUACAGUUGGUUGACAUUGUUCGUAAUGUCAUGCAAAACGCUCGUUUUUUUUUCUCAUUUUGAUCGCUAUUUCAAGACUUUCAAAUCUAAUGCCCUUUGUAUUAUGAUUACUUUGGUGCUGUUUGGAGAGGUUGACAUCAGGAUAUUGCAUACAUCUAAAUGAAAUAUGCUUGGGAAAAUAAAUGUAUGAUAAUAUUCAAUCAUUAUGUGUAUUUCCCCACUCUCCUCUUAAUAUGCUAGAUAUGUUUGUUGAAUGAAUCUAUUAGUAAUGAUUUCUUUCGAAAUGCUAUUAAUACAAUCAGGUCAUGUGUGUGUAUGUUAUUUUAAGAUGUAUUUAACUUACUUGUACUUACGAAAAGAGGAAUUAAUUUUUCGUAUAGAUUUGUAAGAUGUAUUUAUCUUUCUUACAAUAGAAAAACUACAAAAAUGAAGAAAAUUACAAACCCACAAACUCUUCCAGCAUGUAGGCAUGCCUUGAGAAUUCCUUUUUUUUGUUAAUGGUCAUAGCAAUAUGCCAGGAGUUGAUCAAUAAUUGAUCUGUAAAAUUAAAAAUAAAUACUGAAAUGUGAGAUAAAGAUGGCCUAGCUAGUACAUAGUUACCUCAGUACAUAGAACACAAAGAUUUAUAUCAAGAGUGUAAUAUGUUUUAAUCAAACAUGUCAAAAGCAUGACUUUUUUAACAAAAUGUUAAUGUUUAAAAUAUAUUCAAUUAAAGUGUAGAAGUUGUCAGUAACUUGUAAAGAACAUUAUGUAAUGGUGAGGAAUCUAACAAUCAUGGUCAAGUGAACUGAAUGCAAAUUGACAUGACAAGCUAUUGAGCAUCUGUUUUAUACAAACUAAAAACAAACAUCACUAUUCUUUGUACUUUUAUAAUUUAGUGAGUUUGACAUGAAUAAGAAAUAAUUUAUUUCAACUGACAAAAGAUGUGAUACAACUGUUCCUGUAAGUCACUACAUAAAUAUGGGUAAGGCUGUGACUUUUUGCAUACUGGUCUUUGCAUACUGAUACACUGAUUAGAAAUAAGAGUGAAAACUGUUGUGGAAAAAGGUUAGCUUCCUGACAGCCCCCCGCCCCCCGCCCCCUGUAUUUGGAGGAUAUCGGAGCUGGGGGGGGGGGGGGGGGGGGUAAUUUACAGAUAAAAGAAACGGGGGAGGGGAAAGAGAGAGGGUAUUUAGUUUAUGUAGAAUGGAAGCAGUUCUCCAGCUUGGGAAGGGUGUAUUUCAUAUGACAAUGGGAGGGAAAGAGAAGGGAGGUAUUUGGAGGAAGUUAAUGGGGAGGGGGAUAAUUUGAGGUAAUCCAGUUGUAUGGAGAAGGGGGGUAAAAUGUUUCCGGGAUUAGGGGGGUGGGGGGUAAUUUUCUUUUUUCUGACAUAACUUAACUGACGCUGUUUUUAUUUUCUGGUUAUUUUCCAUUACCAUCAGAGGUCCGUAACAGCAUCUAAACAUCUCUGAGCUGAAUAUUUUUAGCUAGAAUUAUAGCCCAAUUGACAAUUCCGGGAUAAUUUUGAAGAAAAAAAAACACGGUCAAAACAGUCGAUAUGGAUUUAAUUAAUAAUUUUAAACUCUACAUAUUGUGUCAAUGUUACUACUUACCUGUAAAUCGUGCAAUGUCAUUCAUUAUCCCUUCAAAAUUAAUCGUCAAAUUACUGUUUAGAAGUUUCCUUUCUCCACGACCUUUCAUGAUUACAAAUCUUUCAUACAUGUUUUCCUGAACAAAUAGAUAUUGCAGUUAUUCAUAUAAAUAUUACACUGCUUUUGACUGAUUUAAUUUUGAUAAUGUUAAUAUGACUCUUGAAGAAUAUGAAUGUAUUCUCAUAGGAACAUUAAACUUUUGUCUUGUUCAUUCACACUAUGACAUUAUAUCGAAUUGUGUACACUAUACAUCUAUGUGAUUUUAUGCAAAAUGUUUCAUAUGUUUUUAUUUUAAAGUGUUUUUACGAUCAAUAUAAUACAAGUCAUAAACUGUACAUCUGUAUCUUACAUUACUUAUGUUUAAUGUUCCAGUUUUGUUAACAUGGUGACGUUUCUUUUACUUUGCAAUAAUUCAAAUUGUUGAUUAAAAUAUAAACUGAUCAUAAA